AUGUACUCUGCAGUAGUGAAGUUUGCCGUGGGGUCUACUCGCGGAGGUCCACACAUUUGUGUAAGAAAUAGACAGAUGGCUGGUUUGUGGCGUCGUCCCACAACUACUACGAUCUUCACUCUACACUCGUAUCUUCCCACUGCUUUCAUUACUCUUCAGCGGCGACAGCAGGGAGCCUUAUCGAAGUUACUACACAACCCCGAUGAUCCGUAUCUACUGCCUAUACGGGAAAUGGAUAUACCCCGCAUUGCUGUGGUGGCCCUCACGGAGGGAAAAGAACUGCAGCACCUCUGCGAUGGACUUAUUGCCGUGAACGUCACUCUCGGGGCGCAGGUGCGGAGUGGGGCAGUAACGCAAGAGGAAUUGGACGCGGCCUUUUCUGUUUACAAGGAAGUAUUGCGUCACGCACCCAGAACCAUCUCUUCUUCUUAUAAUGACGUGAAUACCGUUAAUAAUGAGAAUAAUAAUACGACUGUUCAUCAUGAUCUUGUUGAGAGACGCGUUCCAGAAGAUGUUUGGCGAUCGGAGUGGGAGUCACCACUAGAGGAGUUCCUUUUGAUAUUUCGUGCAUCGGGUGACACACGGCUUUCUUAG